UCGAUGCUGGAGGGGUGGGGGGGUCCCUCCUCAGCGCCCGAGCGAGCACGAGCGCCCAUCGCGGGAGCGCGCGCAUAGGAAGGGAAGGGGGGGAAAGGGAAGAAGGAGCYGAGGCAGCCUCACACAGUCGCCAGCGGAGCCCAGGACGGCGGAUGAACGGAGCGCAGCGUGCGUGUCGCCCUUGUCGAUUUACCGCAGCAGCUUCCCCCUCAAGAGCCGCGUCCCGCAGCCCGAAACCCGCCCGAAAAAUGCUGCUCAGAGUGGCCGUUCUGCUCGGGGCGCUCGUCGGCGUCAGUCAAGCUGCCCUGCAGGUGUCUAUAUCGUUGAACAAAGUGGAGUUAAGUGUUGGAGAGUCAAAAUUUUUCAUCUGCACAGCCAUCGGUGAGCCCGUAAAGCUGGAAUGGUUCAACCCGCAGGGUGAGCGCAUCACGUCCUCCAGGCGAAUGUCCCUCCACACGGAGACGUCGCGGUCCAAGCUGAUCAUUUACAACGCCAUCAUCGAAGACGCGGGGAUUUACCGCUGCCAGGUCACGGACGCCAGCGGUCACACCGAGGAGGCCUCGGUCGUGCUGGAGAUUUACCAGAGGCUAACAUUCCGGGACGUUCAGUCACCGCAGGAGUUCCGCCAUGGCGAGAUGGCCGAAGUGGUGUGUGAUGUCAUCAGUUCGCCUGUGCCGGUGGUGGUGUGGUACUACCAAGACAAAGAAAUAACGGAGGAGCACCGCAGCAGGUACCAAGUGUUGCCAAACAACAACCUGCUGAUCAACGUGGUAACCAAGGCCGACGAGGGCGUGUAUCGCUGUGAGGCCAGCGUCGAGGCGCGUGGAGAGAUCGACUUUGUGGACAUAGCUGUGGUGGUCAACGUGCCUCCAGUGUUGUCAGUUUUCCAGCCGUCCUUUAACGCCACCGCUGACUACCAGGAAUCAGUCACCUUUACUUGCAUUACUUCUGGAUCCCCUGAUCCCACGGUUACAUGGCACAGGAAAGGGCAGCAGCUGGAGCCAUCGGAGAAAUACAUUUUCAACAGGUUGGAAGGUGGGCGCAGUAUGCUGACAGUCCGCAACAUUCGACAGGUUGAUGGAGGAAGUUACUCCUGCAAGGCUACCAACAAGGCAGGCUCUCAGGAAAGAGAGCUCUUCCUCAAUGUGUUUGUCCAGCCCCACAUCACCCAGCUGAAGAACGUGACAGCCGUAGAGGGCAGCGCCGCCAUGAUCUCCUGCGUGGCCGAGGGCGAGCCGCUGCCUGACAUCUCCUGGAAGAGAGCCAGCGAUGGCCAGACCUUCGUGGAUGGAGUCAAGAGUCGAAACGAACGGUUUGAAGUCCGCGGCCGUCACGGCAAGUCUGUGCUGACCAUCAGCGGAGUGCGCCUCACUGAUCUGGGUCGAUUCGACUGUGAGGCACAAAGCAGGAUAGGAGGCCAUCAAAAAAGCAUGUUUCUCGACAUUGAGUAUAUCCCCAAAUUCUUGACGAACCAAACUGUUUUUUACUCCUGGGAGGGGAAUCCGGUGAACAUAAGCUGUGGUGUGAAGUCCAACCCAGCCGCCACCAUGCUGUGGAGGAGAGAGCGCUUCACCAUCUCAGAGGGAACCCCCAACAUGCAGAUACAUAGUUCAGAUGACAAGUCUGUACUGGAGGUGACUCCGAUGUCUGACAGAGACUUUGGCCGGUACAACUGUACAGCCCGAAACAACAUUGGAGUUCGAUACCAAGAGUUCAUUCURGCCCAGGCAGAUGUACCAUCAAAUCCGUACUCAGUCCGUCUGUCGGCCGUCUCCCAGCGCUUAGCGACGGUCACGUUCAUGAAGCCGGACUCUCAUGGCGGCGUUCCCAUCAGCUACUACCUGGUCCAGUACAAGGAGUUGGGUUCCCAGGACUGGAGAGACGUCAGGUCACACAGUGACCAAACCACAGUCGUCCUGACAGGACUGGAGCCCAACACGACGUACGAGGUUCGAGUGGCAGCUGUCAACGGAAAAGGUCAGGGAGAGUUCAGCCACACGGAGACCUUCCAGACUCUACCCAUCCGAGAGCCGAGCCCACCAGCAGUCCAUGGGCAGAGAGGGAUGGGAAAGGCCUACCGACUGGGACUGGUCAAGCAGGAUGAUGGAGGGAUGCCCAUUGUGGAGUAUAUAGUCAAGUACAAAACUGACAAAGAGGAGCAGUGGAUGACCAAGCUGGUUCCGGGAGCGAACGACUACGCCAUGCUGCAGCCGCUGCAGUGGAACACGAGAUACGAGGUGGAAAUCACGGCGCGCAAUGUCAAGGGCCUGUCAGAGCCAACCUUCUAUCAGUUCUUCAUGCCACAGAAGCCUGACAUUACAGGAAGCUACCGUUGAAGGAAGAAAAUGGCAAAGAGUCUCUCAAGCCGGAUACGAUUGAAAUCAAAGUGCACAGUGACAACAGCCUCCACAUAAAGCCAGACGACAGCAAAGCAUAAAAAAGAUAAAAAAAAAACAAAGGAAAUGAAAAAAUAAAUAAAUAAAAGGGUCUGUUCCCCUCCCUCGCCACCAAAAGAACAUUCGGAUCACGAGACCAAACCCCGGAGAAGCGACAACACUGGAAAAUAGUGGAAGUAAAAUACUAUAUCUGUUUAUAACAAGCCCGAAUGGGAGACAUGUGUAAAUAAAAAUAAUAGAGAUGACGGAGAACGAGUCAAACUUUUAGAMACAUUACGGAUUCAGUGGAAGGCUCUUGAUUGUAUUUUUCUUUUUUUUUUUUUCUGUCUCAUGUUUCUCUUUUAAGGCUCAAUUUUACUGAUAUUGCCUUUUUUUUUACUAUUAUUUUGUUAAAACCUUCAUGAGAUUCCCAUGCAGUUAAAACACAUCUGUACCCCCUUGAAUCGUUUUUGGACGUCUUCUGAAGAACAAGACUUAAUCAGUGGUAGAGAGAAAUGUCCAUAAUCAUCUCUGUCAAAUUAAAUGUAAGGGCACGGUGUUUCCAUGCUUGAGUGUUACACUAAAACAACCGUUCUAUGCCUUCAUUAGCCAAGCUCAAUUUUCGAGCUAAUCAGAUGCAAAUGUAGCAGCAUUUUGUUUCAACACGGCAGGGUGUGAGGAUUAAUGAAUCAGGAAAAUCAUGAUUGGUCAUAUUUCUGAAGUGAAACAAUGCAUAGUGAAUGAAUUGUAUGGAUAAUUGAAAGUUUCAGAUAAACUUGGAAUAAAACCAUAAUUAAUAUAAGUAAAAAAAACUAUYAGAAAACUGAACACAAACAUAAAUCUUAUUUGUUCCCAGUCUCUUAACGAUGUCCGUAUACAUAUAUGCAUGAUUUAUUCACCGCAAUUAACACUUGCCAGACGGAAAACUGACAAAAAACGCCGUUCCCCCCAAAAAGAUUAGAAUAAAAAUAUUUUGUAUCUGUGAAAGCAAAAAAAUUUUAAUUAAAAAUAAAAAACAACAACAGAAGCAGUGAAUGUAAUCACUCAAAGCAUGGGAACACUUGAGAGAAUUAAAUUGUUGUCAUAUGGUUUUUCUAGUGAAUAUGUUUGUGUGUUCACACUUGUACCAGAACUGCCUCACUUUUCUUUCUUUGUUUUUCUUUCAUUUCAAUCUUUUUUUUUACUGCUCGGUCUGAUUCUCUCUGAUGUUGUCAUGUGCUGUACAUAGGUGAAAAAAAAUAUUUUACAGAGCUUUUAUGUAAAUAUACUCUAAAGGAUGUGUUUUUUUCCUCUCCAAAAAGCUUAGCUUUUAUUGUGAACAUUCCUCAGAUGAAAAGCUGUAUUUUUCUUUCUCCUUCUUUCUUUUUUUUCCUCCUCCUUCUGUUGUGUUCUAGUCCAAAGUUCAGUGAUGGUAUAAUAUUGCUUUUACUAGUCAUUUGCUUUUCCUUAAGAAAACCCAUAACCUAAGGCCAUUUUACGGCAUUUCAACGGAGGCAGUAAUUACGGCAUUGAUGUGCCUUUUCCUUUUUUCUUUCUUUUACUUCUCUCUCUGCACGGUGACCCGACGCUGCUGCAGAAGUGCUCUCAUUGAAUGGUUAAUUUUUAUUUAUUUAUAAAAAAUUUUGGUCACUGCUUUUUGCCAGAGAAUGUGUCUGAGGAUCGACUUGUAUUGUUGUGAUGCUGUGAAUUUGGGGAAAGUGUACCGUAGACUUAGGAUUGUGGGUUGUAGUCGACAACACUGGACGGACACAGAUGUACAUCUAGAUGUCAGGUUAAUGGCGUUUACUUGAGUACUAAGCAAAGCUGUGGGCUGCUGAAAACCUGGUUUUAUUGGCGUGUUAUGCAUCACUGUUUUUUUGUUUUGAGUACAUACAUGCAUGGGAGUGAGAGUAUGUAUGUGCGUUGAAUGUAUUUGCACGUACAGUACUAGAAGUCAUCUUUAUGUGCGUGCGAGAAUGACCAUACAAGGUUUUCGAUGUCUCCAAUCAAGAGCUUCAACUCAUUUUUUUUUUUUUGUGAUUUAAUUUAUUUGUUGAUUUUUGCAAAUUAGAUCCAGUGUGUACUUYUGCAGACUCUUUAUGCACCGUGAAGCUCUGCAAGUCAUAUAGGCAAAGGCCACAUCAAGGCCUGAACGCUGCAAAGGUUUGAGCAAGGCAUUGGCCGAGAUUCGGGAUGACGAGUAAWUCCUGAAUAUGUACUUCUCAACAGUGAUUAAUUUCCCUGGCUGCAGCACUCAGUGCAUGUGUCUGCGAGCCCCCCACCCCCACCCACCCCCCCUUUUUCACCAUCGCCACUGUCUCCUUGCCUCUCAGACUCUGCUGGUUUUUAUCUUGAACCUCACAGCGCUGGCUUUGUUUCCUCACGGCGAGUCCUCGUACCUGCACAUCUCAAGCGGACGGUCCUGCCAUGGCGUGGUGUCGCUGCCUGUUUCGAUCACUGUAAAUACUGGAGCACAGUGCCUGGAGGCUAUACAAUUUGUACAUGUUCUUUUUUGUAUUUGAAUAUGAGUCUAAAACCCUUUCCCUCCCUUUUCUCCACCUCUUUCCUCUCCUCCUUGUCUCCUCCACCUCAACUCACUCCUUUUCUCUUCUGUCGGGGGUUAAAACAGGUGUGUUUGAGCUCAGUGUACAUUACGUGUCCCCUCUGUCCCCUCCCCCCCAUGUCCCUCUGGACUGUCCCUGCUGAGUGUCAAUUGUGCAGGAGGUGGGAACUAUUGGUGUUUCUCUGUACGUACCUGUGGAACACUUGUGACUCGUAUCAUUUGCCGCUGUAAAUAAACAUGUCCUGGUAGAAGAGA